AGAACGUCUGGUGAAUAUUUGACUCACAAUGGCGUCAGCACCUUUGCUUGCAGUGAGACCGUCAAGUUUGGGCAUGUCACCUUCUUCUGGAAUGGAAACCGAUCUGGAUAUUUCAAUGAAAAGUUGGAGGAGUACGUCGAGAUCCCAAGUGACAGUGGAAUAUCAUUUAAUGCCCAACCAAAGAUGAAAGCUCUGGAAAUUGGUGAGAAGGCGAGGGAUGCAAUCCUUAGUGGCAAGUUUGAUCAGGUGCGAGUUAACAUUCCAAAUUCCGAUAUGGUGGGUCAUACAGGUGAUAUUGCAGCCACAGUUGUUGCAUGCGAGGCUGCUGAUCUUGCUGUGAAGAUGAUUUUUGAUGCUAUCGAACAAGUGAAAGGCAUUUAUGUUGUGACUGCUGAUCACGGAAACGCAGAGGACAUGGUGAAGAGGGAUAAAUCUGGGAAGCCUGCUUUGGACAAGGAAGGGAACCUUCAGAUUCUAACCUCUCACACACUCAAGCCAGUGCCAAUUGCCAUUGGAGGUCCUGGUUUGUCUAAAGGAGUUAGAUUCCGUAAAGAUCUGGAAACACCGGGGCUUGCAAAUGUAGCUGCAACAGUGAUNUGAACCUCCAUGGAUUUGUGGCUCCUGAUGACUAUGAGCCCACCCUAAUUGAAGUAGUGGAGUAGAAGAAUCGAGUGCCCAAUCAGUUUUCAAGAGGGCUAAAACUCCCUAGUAUCUUACGUUGUUUUCUAAUAAUAAGAGUUUUUACACAGACUUCUUGUAUUUUUGAUUUUGGCUUUAAUUUCGGUUUACAUGAUCUGCAAGUUUUUCUCUUCACUACCAUACAACCAAAAAGUAUAAGCUUUGUUUCUUAUCUUCCAUACACAAAAAUGUAUAAGCUUUUUUCCUUCUCUUCCA